AUGAUGCGCGCCGCCCGCCGCACCUUCAGCGAGAUGAAGCCGCGCACGCGAUUCGCAGCGCAUAAAUCAAAUGUCGCAUCCGCACGCCAUCGCCGCGGCGCCUGCACGACGGCGUGGCGGCGCAGCGCCCUGACCUCAUAGCGACUCACACAGGCGCUUCGUCAUCAAGACCUUCAACAAGAUCAGCCCGCAGGGCUUGGAGCGCUUUAGACCGGAAAUGUACCGCAUUAAACCGGGCGAGGACCAGCCUCCGGUAGCACAUGCCAUCAUGCUCCGCUCCCACAAGAUCCAAGAUAGCGACGUCCCGUUGACGUGCCGAGCCAUCGUGCGGUGCGGCGCGGGCACGAACAAUUGCAACGUGCCGCGGAUGACGGAGCUCGGGAUUCCCGUCUUUAAUACUCCUGGGGCCAAUGCCAACGCGGUGAAAGAGUUGGUGCUUUGUGGGUUGCUCAUGGCUUCUAGAGGUAUUUAUGAGGGUGCCAGUCACAUGACGAAGUUACAUGCCGAAGGCACGGCCCACGAGCGCAUCGAGAAGGACAAGGCCAUGUUCGGGGGGCGCGAGUUGACGGGCAAGACGCUCGGGGUCGUCGGUCUCGGCGCCAUCGGUGCGGCCGUGGCGCAUUCCGCCAUCGCCCUCGGCAUGAAUGUCGUAGGGUACGACCCCGGGUUGUCCGUCGAAGCGGCUCUCAGACUACCUUCCGGCGACAUGGAGAUGGCGUCUUUGGAAGACCUCGUCGAGCAGAGCGACUACGUGACGCUACACGCUCCUUACAUCAAAGAUGUCACUCAUCAUUUGAUCAACGCCGAGUUGUUGGCGAAGAUGAAGCCCGAUGCUAGUCUCUUAAACUUCGCGCGAGGCGAGUUAGUAGAUGAAGCGGCUCUCAACGAGCGCUACGAGGAUGGUGGCGGUGGUAGGUACAUCACGGACUUCGCCGUUUCGGACGAGUUGUACCCGAGACCGAACGUCAUCUCCAUCCCGCACUUGGGAGCGUCCACGGAGGAGGCCGAGGCGAACGCGGCCGCGAUGGCCGCCGACACGGUCCAGCUCUACCUCGAGACGGGCACGAUCAAGGACAGCGUCAACUUCCCGGCCUGCUCCUUACCGGCGCGCGACGAGGAACAUGUCCACCGCUGCACCGUGAUCACGGAGAAUCGGCCGGGCAUGCUCGGUGACUUGAUGAGCGUCUUCGGCGACGCUAAUCUCAAUGUGGUGCAACAAAUAAACACCUCCAAAGGAGAACUCGCGUACAACGUGAUUGAUCUGGAACUUCCUAGAACGGCAGAUGGGAAGGUCGACGUCGGUGAAUUCGGCACCGGCGACUUUGAUAAGUUGCAGGCCAAGAUCAUGGAGGUGUCCGGGGUGAAGUCGACGCGGUUCAUUUCGGACUGGUGCCCGGGGACGGGCUACGCCGUCAAGGUCGAUGAUCAGAUCAUCGGCAUUGGCGUGGAUUCGCCCGAGCAGGCGUCGUACGCGGAGCUCUGA